AUGGCCAUCAGCGUGAACGACUACAUCCGACAGCUCAAGCAGCAGCGGCUGGACGAGAUUGAGACGGGGCGCGCGUACGACGAGCGAGCAGAGGCCGAAUGGUCUAAGAAAUCGAGCACUUCUCAGCAGCAGCAGCAGCAGCAGCAGCAGCAGCAGCAACCGAACGUCAAUGUGCUGGCACUGCCAGAGUACUACCGGCAGCUGCUGGCCAAGCUCGAGCUGUACCAGGACACGGUGCGGCAGCGACUCGAGGACGCGCUGCAACCGCUGCAGCUGCACUCGACGUACGGCGAGGUCGCGACGCGCGCGCACGGGAGCGCCUACCACUUCCGCUUUGCCCAGGCGAUCGAAGCCGUCGAGAGUGCCGAGGACGACGCACAACGCGAGGCCAAGGCGCAGGCCGCGCGCAAGUCGACCGGCGCGAUUCCUCCUCCAAGGCCAAAGCAGCCAUCUUAUACCAGUGACGGAGGGCGACUUCCGCCACCGCGACCCCAGCCACCCCAGCAGCAGCAGCAGCAGUCAUACACCCAAUCCGCUGCAUCAACGCAGUAUGGCGGCGGCAGUAAUGGUGGAGCGGCGGGAUCAGGCCGUCAUUCCUCCGCGUCGGCGUCGCCGUCACAGUCCUCGUAUGCGGCGUCGUCCAGCGUCACUUCAGCGGCAGCAGCUGCACGCGUCGGCGCACUCGAUGCAGCAGAUGGCGACGCGUGGGGCAAUCUGCCGACGCAGCCGCAGCAGCACAAGUGGAAGCAGCCGCCGGUCGAGGACUUUGAGGCUUCGCGCGCCCAGCGACGUAGCGACUUUGACUCGCGCUGGGGCAGCAGCGCUGCUACCGGUACGAGCGUCCAGACAAGCCGCUCCACUCCAGAUUGGUAG